CACACACACAUACACACACACGUGCGCACACACACAUACACACACACAUACACACACACGCGCGCGCACACACACGCACAUACACACGCGCACACACAUACACACGCGCACACACAUACACACACACGCACACACAUACACACAUACACACACACACACACACACGCACACAGUCCUGCAGCAAUUACAUGAGUCACAGCGAUUUGAAGAGACACAAUGUGGCAGAUAGAGAUAUAAAAAGAGCAAAGUGUGUGUGUGAGAGAGGGAGAGAGAGAGUGAGAGGGUGAGAGAGAGAGAGAGAGAGAGAGAGAGAGAGAGAGAGAGAGAGAGAGAGAGUGAGGCCAAAGAGCUGAAGGAUUAAAGCAGACAAAGCUGCACUAGAAGGCAAAAAGAGAGAAACGGAUAAACGAGGCAGGAGAAAGGAAAAUAGGCACAUUUAGAUUUAAAAGAGAGAGAGAGAGACGGGAGAGAAAAAAGUGGAGAGAGGGAGAGGGAGAGACAGGUGUUGUGAUGUAGAGAAUAAGAGAUGCAGGAGAAAAACGACACACAAUCCAAAACACACAGCAAGGCUCACCCGGUGUUGAAAGCGUUUAUGUGUGGUUCUCUCAGUGGAACCUGCUCUACAUUACUGUUUCAGCCACUGGAUCUGGUGAAGACACGACUGCAGACUCUACAGACUAACACACAACCUGGUGGUGUUAAGGUGGGGAUGCUGCGUGUGUUCAUCACAGUGGUCCGGACUGAAAAACUCUUCGGUCUGUGGAAGGGCGUGUCACCGUCAUUUGUGCGCUGUAUCCCUGGUGUAGGGAUUUAUUUCAGCACAUUCUACUCUCUGAAGCAGUAUUUUUUUGAGCGGCGCGCCCCGGGAGCGUGUGAGUCUGUGUUUUUGGGAGCAGCAUCGCGCUGUGUGGCUGGAGUCACCAUGCUACCCUUCACUGUCAUCAAAACACGCUUCGAGAGUGGGCGGUAUAACUACAGCAGUGUGUGGGGGGCGUUGAGGAGUGUGUGCGAGACAGAGGGACCAGUAGCUCUGUACUCAGGCCUCACAGCUACACUGCUCAGAGACGCUCCAUUCUCCGGCAUCUACGUCAUGAUCUACAGCCAGAGCAAGAGGGCGCUGCCGCACGAGCUCGUAUCGUCAGGUCUGGCUCCUCUGCUGAAUUUCACAUGUGGAGUGUUUGCGGGGAUUUUGGCGUCCAUGGUGACGCAGCCGGCCGACGUGGUGAAAACACACAUGCAGAUCAAUCCAACACGCUACAGCUCAACACGCCAUGCACUGCACACCAUCUACACCGAACAUGGAGUCAGAGGGUUUUUCUGUGGUGCUCUUCCACGCUCAUUGAGGAGAACUCUGAUGGCUGCAAUGGCCUGGACUGUGUACGAACAACUGAUGGCACUUAUGGGCCUUAAAUCCUGAACACACACAGUCCAGUACACUCCUUGAGAAGCUGACCCACAGCCCACAAGCUGAACAAGCUCCGCCUCCACUCCCUACAUCAUGAUACAGACUCCACCCACUGUUUUGUCACAGAGAAGACUCCGCCUCCAUACUCAGUGUUCUUGCACCUCUGCCUGAGGUCACUCCAGAAGCUCCACUCCUAAGUAUGAUAUGAAAGUGGCUCUGCCUUUACAGUUUGUUUUCUUUAAACACUAUAUAAAUGAUAAACUAUCAAACUAACCAUUAAAAAGUAUUUCAUUUUUAACUGUAGAACAGAUAAUUACUUCUAUAAUAAACUAGACUGAUAUGGAAAUAUAUCUGAUCACUCCAUGUUGCUUUCUGACACUUCAUUAUCUUCAAUAUUUUUGGGACAUUUAAUUAUUAUUAUUAUUAUUAAUAACAAUAAUAAUGAAUAGUGGAGUGUGUUGUGUAUGAUGUAUAGGACUUAAAAAAAGAAGCUGAAAGCUGUUUUUGUGUUGCAGUGUGUAAUAGUGUGUAUAAAUUGUGUAUAGUGUACAGUGUCUGUUUGGACUGGAUGUAUAAAUUACACACACACACACGUCAUAGUUUGUGAAUGCACUUUAAUUCAGGAGGAGACUGUGUACUGGAAGUGUGUGUGGACUCAGUUGUACAGUAUACUGUGAUGUUAAACACAUGGUUCUGUUCCGUGACCCUAUCUGCACACGUGCACUCCGUACACACUAACACAGAUUAAUGUGUGUGUGUGUGUUUUCUCUCAUUUCUGUGCCAACAAACUGGAGCUAGACUGCAGUGUCCUCUCAUGAUUGUUGCUGUUAUUGCUGGUAUCUCCUGCUAACGCUGUGCCUCCUGUUUUGUUUACUUGUGAAUAAAUUUCUCCUGUUUUCAUAAACAA